AUGAGGUCGAUACAGGAAGAAGCGCUACAGCGAGAAGCAAAUGAUGCCGCUCGUAGUGGCAAUGCAUCCGAACUCCGUGACUGUCUGACCCGUGGCGCGACUGUUUGGGAAGAUGCUGUGGUCUUGCUAGCGCUGGAGAGUGGUGAUAUCCCGACAUUCCAGACUCUGCUUGAUUUCGGCGUGAGCAUCAAUGAAGACAUGCAUUAUAUGGGCACCCCCUUAAUCUCGGCCUUGCGACAUCAUCAUCACGCACUCUUGGAAUUCCUCUUUUCAAAGGGUGUUGAUCCCAACAAAGGCAACUGGGGGCACUGGCUACCUCCCCUGUCAGUGGCUGUGCGGUUCACAAAGGAUAUCAAAUGGGUGCAGCGUCUGUUGGAUGCUGGUGCUAAGAUUGAAGGAACUGGCGCCCUGCAUAUUGCUGCAUUUCGAGGUGACCUGGCAAGAAUGAAGCUCCUUUUGGAUCAUGGGGCGGAUGUCAAUGAGAUUACAUACUUUCGGGUUAUUGCAUUUCUCGACUAUAAGAGAAAAGGAACACCUGUCCAUUGGGCAGUUGCAGGCGGCCAUCUUGGGGCGGUGCGACUUCUAUGUCGGUACGACCCUGACCUCUAUAUCCAGGAUGAAGAUGGCGUUACAGUCAUGGACCGAUUGGAUUCUUUCUUUGCUGAACUGGCCGCUGCCUGA